CUAGGGGCCCCGGCUGCGCUGACUAUGCGCCCGCUUGCGGGCUUCACGCUGCAGCCACGUCGCUGCUGCUCCUCCUCCCGUUGCCGUCAUGGCGGCGUUGUGGUUUCUAUCCACUUUAUUCCUGGCGGUUUCCCUCUACAGUCUUUACCUAGCGGGUGCGAGCGUGGCUCUACUGCUGCUGCUGUUGUUGUUGUUGUUGGUGCCGGUCGUGUGGAGUCGCCGGCGGCGAGGCCGAGGAGGCAGCCGCCGCUCCGUCUGUGUGCUGGUGAUGGGCGACCUGGGCCGCAGCCCCCGCAUGUUGUACCACACGCUGUCGCUGGCCCGGCACGGCUUCAGUGUCACUGCUGUCGGCUAUCCCGGUGCAAAACCUCAUAAAGAUGUUUUAAAUAAUGAUAAGAUCAAAAUUGUCUACUUAACAGAAGUGAAGACAGCAACAAAAUUUGGACCAAAGAUGUUUCAAUAUGGGGUCAAGAUCUUUGUGCAGACGUUGCAAAUAUGUUAUGUCCUCUUAAGGAUUGAUCCACCAUCGUACAUGCUGUUGCAGAAUCCUCCAGGCCUUCCUGCUAUUGCAGUUGUGUGGGCAGUAUGUUUGUUAAGAGGAAGUAAAUUUAUUAUUGACUGGCAUAAUUAUGGUUACACUAUUAUGGGACUGACACAUGGAGAUCAUCACCCGAUUGUGCUGAUUGCCAAAUGGUAUGAGCAUUUUUUUGGAAAGCUGUCUGAUUCAAAUCUGUGUGUUACUGAAGCCAUGAAAGAAGACUUGAACACAAACUGGAAUAUUAAGGCAAUCACUUUAUAUGACGCCCCGUCUCCCAUUUUCAAAGAAACUCCUCUUGAAUUGCAACAUAAGUUGUUUAAGAAGCUUGCUAAGGAUUUUGCACCAUUUAGAACAAGGAUUGAAUCUGUGCCUUCCAAUUUGGAACAGACAGCCUUUACAGAACUGAAUGUUAAUACUGGAGAUGUAUCAUAUGUCCAAGGAAGACCAGCAUUGCUGAUGAGCAGUACUAGCUGGACAGAGGAUGAAGACUUCUCCAUUCUAUUAAAAGCUUUGGACGAGUAUGAUGGACUGAUAACCGCUGGUAUGAAAUUGCCAUCCCUGGUUUGUGCUAUUACAGGAAAAGGUCCACUAAAGGAAUUCUAUAAGCGUGUCAUUGAAAAAAUGCACUUUAAGCAUGUUGAUAUUUGCACUCCAUGGCUGGAAGCAGAGGACUACCCAGUGCUGCUAGGAUCCGGUGAUUUAGGAGUUUGUCUACAUAAAUCAAGCAGUGGGCUAGAUUUGCCAAUGAAGGUAGUAGACAUGUUUGGCUGUCGUUUGCCUGUGUGCGCUCUUGAUUUCCAGUGUCUACCAGAACUUGUGAAACACGAAGAAAAUGGUCUAAUAUUUAAAAAUGCUCAUGAACUAACUGAGCAACUAAAGCUUCUCUUUACAGACUUCCACAAUGAAAGAAAAAAACUUGGUAUAUUUAAAAGAAACCUGAAAGAAUCCAAGAUGGUUCAGUGGGAUGAAAAUUGGGAUGAUACAGUACUUCCUCUGCUGCCAGCAAGUGACUGAAAUCUGUGAUCACUACUGAAACUAAUGAUUAGGUUUGGCCAUUUCGAUAGUUUAUUUCUGGCAGAUCAUAGAAUACCAUGGAUAAGAAAGUCCAGUGUGAAGAUGAUGCUGGAACAUUUGAUUUUUUUCCAAUGAACGUUGAAUUUCUGGAUUAUCAAUUUUAAAUGACCACAUUUUCAAAAAAAAAUGGCAGCUUGAAAAUCUUGUUGUUUUGAAAGACAUAGUACUUUUCAAAUGGGCUGUCAAGCUACAUUAAGUUAAAAUUAUUGUUUGUCUGAUAUUUCUCUUUUCAAAAGCUACUAAGAAAAAAGUAUCCACGCUCUUGCUGUUUUUCACAAUGUGUGGGUCAAGAUUCUUCGAACGGGAAACAAUUUUAUUUUGCAUUCCAGCAUUUUGGACAUCAAGUUCCAUAGCAUAAUUUAAGCAACUCUAUUUUUGUGCACUUGUUGUAUGGAAACACCUCAGUGGAAGGUCCUUUCAUCUUGUAGUGUUCAAUUCCAACUUUAUCUGUUUUAAAAAGAACAUGUGUCACACAUCUUAAAAUGAAUUAAAUCAAGAAAGAUGACGGUUGUGGGGGGGAGGUGGUUAAAUUAGAAUAUAAAGAACAAUUCUAGCUUGUGAAGCCUGUGAUUAAUGGUAUAAUUUCCUUGGUUAGAUGAAGGGGAUUGUAGAGGUAAACAUAAUGAGGAAAACUUGUUCUGGUCAGUGAGUUGGUUUGCCGGUGAGAGAGAUGGGCAAUAAUUAUGACAUUUAAAUACAAUGACGAGAACUCUUAAUGGCAGGAGAUUGGCAGUUAUUUUUGGAGAAAUAUUAAGUUUGUACAGGUGAAAGAACAGUAGAUCUGUCAAGAGAAUAUGGCUCGGCUUUGAAAGGCAAAAUUACAUUCAAAGAUUUAAAUAGUGGUAGAAAAUAGUGUGACAAUAUAUCAGAUUUUUUUUAAGGGCAUUGAAAGGAAGGGUGACUGAUGAGCAAUUUAAUGGUACUGAAGUAGAGGGCAACUAAUAGGAAUAUAAAUGAUAUGGUUUUGGAUGCAGAACAUUUGGAUGCUCUGUUCAUUUUGACAAAAUAAUAAAAUAGCUUGAUUUGUA